AUGUACGGGCUCUUCUACGACAUCAAUGUUGACUACGUGUUUAUUCUUUGGGAAGAUUUCCUCAAUUUUCUCCUUGCGUCAAAGAAUAAUUUUUUGAUUCAUCAUCCUCGCUGGUGGUCUAUCAUUAUUUAUGACGCCAUCCAUAAUAGUAAUCUUACACCACGAUGGAUUCGAGAAGGCCCACAGCCACACUUCUUGUUUAUGACACCAUAUCGGAUUUGUAUGACAUCUGAAUCUGGAUCUUCACAACCAGUCAUCAUUCCAGAUUCGAUUCUUACAAAGCUGGAUGAAAACAAUGCUUCUCUAUACUCAUAUCAAAAAUACAUCCGGGGAAUUAUUUCGCCUCCCAAAAAGAAGAUGAAGCAUUCCGAUAAUGCAUCCAAGAAAUCGGCAAAGAAGAAAAAGAAAUCUAAAUCAAAUCAACUGCCCCUAUCCCAUCUCCAGCCAUCUCUGAUGAUAAUCUUGGAGCAGAUUUAG